CGGCCCGCCCGGCUUCUCUCCCGCCUGCCCGCUUGGACGGCGCGAAAGAAGGAACGAGAGAGAGAGACGAGUGGGAGGAGACGGGGGCCGGGCGAGACAAGCAAGCGGGCCACUCGGGGGAGGGAGGAAGGCGGGCUGUUCUAGGAACUGGAAAGCAAAAGUGGCAGGGGCCGCCGCGCAAACGAAACUCGUCCGAGAUCCGCAGCGAGAGGGAGACGCGGAGACGCCCGGACGGGACUGGACGUCGUCCUUCUCCUCCUCGCCUGACCUGAAGGCUCCAUCCGAAAAAGCGGCGGCCGGUACUGGCAAAAGGGCCCGCCGGUGGGUCUGCAGUGGGUGCGCCCCUGCCUGCCAUGGACGGGCGCGGGGGGCAGCAGCGAAGGGCGCAACGGCAGCCCCGCGGGGCCGGCGGCGGGCGAGGUGAGAGCGUCGCCGGGCAGUUACCCGGCAAGGCUGAAGAACCCGGCGCGGUGUGGGGCAAGGCGUCGGAUCUCUGCCCAGGGAGGAUCUCCCGAACCAGCCGGUGGUGGGCCGAGGCAGAAGGGGCGCGAAGAGAGACGGGGGCGGCGAGGGCUUAUUCAGAGGAAAGAACUCACCAACAAGGCUCUGGCCAUGGAAACGUGGGGCCCCGCCACCCUCCCACAGGCUGGUCCCAGCCAAGGGAGGAGAGGAGGGUAGGCUCUGGCAGGAUCCUCCUCCAGGAGGAUGGGCCAGAGCAGGGCCGGCCGACUCAGGCCAGACAGAGAAGGCAAGGGAGAGAGGCCCAAGGCCCAAGCGCUGGCUGCAGCAGAAGGCUCCCUUGGAGUCCUGGGCCAGGAGGCUCCCUGCACCACACACAGAAUCGGGCCCAGAGGAUUGGAUUCGGGUUCCUGAAGGAUCUCCUUCAGAAAGACCCAUCAGAAGUGGCCAUCACACUUGCUUCCUGUGCGGGGCUGAAGGAGGUGCUCUCUCAAACGGCCAUGCAGCCACGCUUCCUCCAGCUGCUCUGCCAAGUCCUCUGCAAGGCCUGCUGCUCCAGGAUCGACCGGCAGAGCAUCCAGCAGCUCAUGGAUGCUGUGAAGGAGUCCAGCUUCCUCAAGAUCUGCUUGCCCCAGUAUGUGGCGGACAUGCUGACUGAGGCCACGGCAGAGGUGCGGCACCAGUACCCAGAGCACCUCGGCAACAUUGUGACGCUGGUCCAGGAGCUGGUCAGCAUUUUCCCAGCCAGCUCCAUACAAAAAGUGGCUGUGGUGAUGUCUCUCCUGCCAGGCUCUGUAAAUGCCCUGAGAGCGCUGGGGGUGGACUUUACGGAAGAGAUGGACAAGAGGUUGGAGAAGGUCCAGGCUUUCAUCAAGCACCUGCAGGAGAGGAGGCGAGAGGGUACCUUGAAGGUAGACAGCUGUACCCUUGUGCAGCCCCUGGUUCCCGGAGAGGAAGAGGACUAUCGCUCCAUGUCUGUCUAUCCCACCUACAAGGAGGUCCACCAUGGCGAGAAGCCUUUCCUACGCCCGAACAUCAUCUCCCAGCCCUACGAGAGCCCUGCUGUCUACCUGGACACCCACUUCCGGCUUCUGAGGGAGGACUUUGUCCGGCCGUUGAGGGAAGGUAUCCUACAGCUCCUCCACAGCUUUGAGGACACAAACCUAAAGAAGAAAAGAUUUGAUGACAUCCGGGUUUACUUUGAUACCCGGAUCCUGGUUCCCCUUUGCUCUAGGACUGGCAUUGACUACAAAGUGCAGUUCAACCCCAAGCCCCUCAGUUUUGUCUGCUGGGAGAACUCCAAACGCCUCCUCUACGGCUCCUUGGUCUGCAUGUCCAAAGACAACUUUGAGACCUUCCUCUUUGCCACUGUCUCACAGCGGGACACGCUGGACUUGCAGAAGGGCGUCAUUCACCUUGCCUUCAGCAAGGACAGCCAGGCCCUGCUGGCUGAAGUGCAGCCCUCUGACUCCUUCCUCAUGGUGGAGACGACGGCCUACUUCGAAGCCUACCGGCAUGUGCUGCAAGGCCUGCAGGAGAUGCAGGAGGAAGACGUCCCUUUUCAGAAAUACAUUGUCUGCUGUGAGGCAGAUGUGAGGGAACCAGCUUACCUGGGAGAAGGUGGCGGCAGCAUCUAUGACCUCACAUGUCUGAUGAAAGCGCCGGAUGCUGCUGCUGUCCCUCCUCCUCCUCCUCAGAUGGAAGAUGCCCCAGUAGCACCCAGAGGCCUGGGAGGGAGCUGGGUGGACAUCCUUGACCCCUGCCAGUGGCCAGAAAAGGAAGCCUUGGGCCUAGACGAGUCUCAGCUGCAAGCCCUACAGCUCGCUUUCACCAAGGAGCUGGCCAUCAUCCAGGGGCCUCCUGGGACAGGGAAGACCUAUGUUGGACUGAAGAUUGUGGAAGCAUUGCUGAGCAAUAAAUCAGUCCGGGGGAAGUCUCCCAUCCUCAUCGUCUGCUACACCAACCACGCCCUGGACCAGUUCCUAGAAGGAAUCUGCAUGUUCCAGAAGGAGGAGAUUGUGCGUGUUGGUGGGAGGAGCAACAGUGAGACCCUGAAGCGGUUCACGCUCCAGGAGCAUCGGAGCAAACGCAGAUUUUGGGAAAGCUUUCCCCGUCAUCUCAACCGGGCCUACAGUGAACUCACCUGCCAGAUGCGAGAGGCAGAGGUUGAACUGCACAAAUGGGGGUCUCUCCUGGAGUGUGGACAGCGAGGGGUCUUGCGCGACCGUCAACUGAGGAAGUGCAUUGCCAGACAGCACUGGGACAGCCUCACACGCGGCUUGGUGAAGCAAUGGAUGGAUCCGAACGACUCUGUGAUCCUGGAGUGGCUGGGGCUUGGCAUCCUCCCAACUGCCUGCAAUGCUGUGGAUCUAGAUGGGCCAGAAAAUGCAGGCGCUGAGGAAGAGGGAGGAGGGCAGGAGCUGGAGGUGGAGUUGCUGCUGCCUGUCGUGCAGGAGGCAGACCUGAUUCAGGCAGAGCGACUGCUUGACUACGAUGAGGCCAGGUGGCCCCAAUUCCAUACGAAGAACCUCAGGCAGGAUAAGGCUCGGCUGGAUGAUCUCUUUUUGGCCCUGAAUUUGGAGGAAAAACAGGACGAGGUGAAGGGGCAGGGAGGCCGAGAUGGCACAGAGGAUGCUGCCUGGGAGCUCCAGCAGCACCACAAGAAGAAGAUGAAGAAGAAGGCGAAGGCUGAGCUGCACAAGGUGGAGGCGAUGACCAAGGCAGAGGCUGGGGCUGUCCUGGAUGUGUGGCGCCUGGAUCUCAACUCUCGCUGGAAGCUGUACAGGUACUGGCUGCAGGAGCACCAGGCUGAGAUCCGGCGCCAGAUCCUGCGGCACGAGCAGACGUACCAGGCGGCAGCAGACAGGUUAGCUGAGCUGCGCCUGCAGCAGGACCUCUGCAUCCUGAAGGCGGCCAAGAUUGUGGGCAUGACGACCACAGGAGCCGCCAGGUACCGCCAAGUGCUGCAGCAGGUGGCUCCUUGCGUGGUUGUCGUGGAGGAGGCGGCAGAAGUCCUGGAGGCCCACACCAUCACCACCCUGAGCAAGGCCUGCCAGCACCUCAUCCUCAUUGGAGACCACCAGCAGCUGCGUCCCAGUGCCAAUGUGCACGACCUGGCCAAGAACUUCAACCUGGAGGUCUCGCUCUUUGAAAGGCUGGUGCAGGUCGGCCUCCCGUUCAUUCGCCUCGGUUUCCAGCACCGCAUGCGGCCAGAGAUUGCCCAGCUCCUCACACCCCACGUCUACCAGGGCCUGGAGAACCACCCCUCGGUGCUGCACUAUGAAAACAUCCAGGGAGUCUCGUCCAACCUAUUUUUUGUGGAGCACAACUACCCAGAGGAGGAGAUCCAAGAAGGGAAGAGCCACCAGAACCCGCAUGAGGCCCAGUUUGUGGUUGCACUGUGCAGAUACCUCCUGUGCCAGGACUACCUGCCCUCCCAGAUCACCAUCCUCACUACCUACACCGGGCAGCUUUUCUGCCUGCGGAAGCUCUUGCCGGCGAAGACCUUCCAGGGCGUGAAGGUCCACGUGGUGGACAAGUACCAAGGGGAGGAGAAUGACAUAAUCCUCCUCUCACUGGUGCGGAGCAACCCAGAGGGGCGAGUGGGCUUCCUGCAGACCUCCAGCCGUGUCUGUGUGGCCCUUUCCCGGGCCAAGAAGGGCCUGUACUGCAUUGGCAACAUGAUGAUGCUGAGCAAGGUCCCACUGUGGAGCAAGAUCCUGCAUACCUUGCGGGAGAAGGGCUGCAUCGGCCAAGCCCUGCAGCUCUCCUGUCAGAACCAUCCGCAGACCAAGACGGAGGUGGCCCAGGCGGCAGACUUCAGCAAGGUUCCCGAGGGGGGCUGCAGCCUCCCCUGCGACGCCCGGCUGAACUGUGGCCACGUCUGCCCACGGGCGUGCCACCCCUACGACCCGCAGCACCAGAAGAUCCAGUGCAUGAAGCCUUGCCAGAAGGUGCUCUGCGAAGACGGGCACCGCUGCCCCCAACUGUGCUUUGAGGCUUGCGGAAAGUGCCUCGUGAAGGUGCCCAAGACCAUGUCCAAGUGCGGCCACCACCAGCAGGUCCCCUGCUCAACUCCCCCCCAGGCCUUCUGCUGCCAGGAGCCAUGUGGGAGAGUUCUGAAAUGUGGGCACAUCUGUCAGAUGGCCUGUGGCCAAGAGUGCACCAGGCGCUGCCCAGAGCUACUUCCAGUGACGCUGAAGUGUGGGCACAGUCAGGAGGUGCUGUGCUCCACUGCAGCAGAGAUGGAGGUUGGGAGGCCUGUGCCCUGCAAGACCAAAUGCCACAGCGUCUUGGAUUGUGGCCACCCGUGCCCUGGCUCUUGUCAGUCCUGCUUUGGUGGCCGCUUUCACGAGCCGUGUAGGAGCCCUUGCAAGCGCUUCCUGGUCUGUUCCCACAAGUGCCUGCAGCCGUGCACCAGCGAUUGCCCCCCUUGCCAGCAGCCCUGCCAGAACCGCUGCAUCCACAGCCGCUGCCAGAAAAAGUGUGGUGAGCCAUGCUGCCCCUGCGUGGAGCCGUGCGAGUGGCGCUGCCAGCACCACCAGUGCAGCAAGCUGUGCUCGGAGCCAUGCGACAGGCCCCGCUGUAAUGUGCCAUGCCCGAAGCACCUGUUGUGUGGGCACCCUUGCGCUGGGCUGUGCGGUGAGCCAUGCCCAGAGAAGUGCCUUGUAUGCAACCAGGAAGAGCUGACGGAGAUCUUCUUUGGCUGUGAGGAUGAGCCUGACGCCCGCUUUGUGCAGCUCGAGGACUGCAGCCACAUCUUUGAAACUCAGGGCAUGGACUGUUACAUGGAGGGGGAGGAGGGGGAGGCUGUCAAGCUGAAGGUUUGUCCCAGGUGCCAGACGCCCAUCCGGAAGAACCUGCGCUAUGGCACGAUGGUGAAGAGGAGUCUGGCAGAGGUAGAGGUGGUGAAGGGGCGGAUCCAAGGCAGCCCUGCUGAGAUAUCAUCCAGCAGCCAGAGGCUGAAGGCUGCUUUGCUGGGGGAAGCCACUCUGAAGCGCCAUCUGCCAGUGCAAUUCCAGCAUCUGAAGCAGGAGCUGGAGAAGCCUGCCGCCCUCUCCACCAGGAGCCUUGGGCUGGUGGAGAACCUCUUGGGCUUCUACGUGCAGCUGGCCAACCUAACUGAGGCCGGGAGCAAGGUGGCACCCAGCGAGCAGAAGGGAGUGAGGAGGCGCCUGGCAGAGGUGACCAGCUGGCUGGAGCGGCCCCGCUGUAGCUUCACUGGGCAGGAAGUGUCUGAACUCCAGUGUGAGUUCCAGCGGCUGACUUACCUGGUGGAGCUCUUGGCCAAGUGCAGGGCUGUGGCAGGGACGAUGAAUGAUGCCUCUGUGGUGGCAGCAGAGCUGGUCAGCACAACCCGGGAAAUCCUGGAGGGGCCUGGCAGGUUCACCCCCGAGGAUGAGAGCCUGGUGAAGGCAAAGAUGGAGGCGCUGAAGGAAGCCCUGCCCACCUCCGGCCUGGGCAUCUCUGACGUGGAGAGGAGGCAGAUUGUCACUGCUGUCACUGGGACAACACGUGGGCACUGGUUCAAGUGCCCAAAUGGGCACAUCUACGCCAUAGGUGAAUGUGGGGGGGCCAUGCAGAGGGGGUGCUGUCCUGAGUGCCAGGAAGUCAUUGGGGGCAGCAACCACAGGCUGGAGCCCAGCAACCAGCUGGCCUCUGAGAUGGACGGGGCAACUCACGCCGCCUGGUCGGAGACGGCCAACAACCUGCUCAACGUGGCUGAGCUCUGGCAGUAGGAAGGCUCUGGCCCUCCUUAGCUCCUCCCUCCCUGCAGAUGUUCCUGUUUUAACACCACCACCAGCCAGAUUUUACUAUAGCAAAUAAAUGUUUCAGAACAGAUAAUGAAUUUGUUGUGCUUCUGAGCAU